GAGCUGGUUCUGCCUGGCCGCGGCGGAAGCGCACAGGGCUGUGUUGAUGGAGGUGUUAUGUCACCUCUUACCAGGACCCGGACUCUUGCCAAAGAGCUCGCAGCUUCCGCUUAAGCCCGUCACACGGGUUUGAUUCCAGAUUCCAGACCCCCAAACACCUUGUGCGGUCAGACAUGGGGAAGUCUUUUUCUCAUUUGCCUUUGCAUUCAAAUAAAGAAGAUGCUUAUGGUGGAGUUGCAUCAACUGAAAAUAUGAGGAAUGGAUUGGUUAAUAAUGAAGUCCAUAAUGAAGAUGGAAGAAAUGGAGAUGUCUCUCAGUUUCCAUAUGUGGAAUUUACAGGAAGAGAUAGUGUCACUUGCCCCACUUGUCAAGGAACAGGAAGAAUUCCUAGGGGGCAAGAAAACCAGCUAGUGGCAUUGAUUCCAUAUAGUGAUCAGAGAUUAAGGCCAAGAAGAACAAAACUGUAUGUGAUGGCUUCUGUGUUUGUCUGUCUGCUGAUAUCUGGAUUGGCUGUAUUUUUCCUUUUCCCUCGCUCAAUCGAUGUGAAAUAUAUUGGCGUAAAAUCAGCAUACGUCAGUUAUGAUUUCAAAAAACGUAUGAUAUAUUUAAAUAUCACAAACACACUAAAUAUAACGAAUAAUAACUAUUAUUCUGUUGAAGUUGAAAACAUCACUGCACAAGUUCAGUUUGCAAAAACAGUUAUUGGAAAGGCACGCUUAAACAACAUAACUAAUAUUGGCCCACUGGAUAUGAAGCAGAUUGAUUACACUGUACCUACUAUCAUAGCAGAGGAAAUGAGUUAUAUGUUUGAUUUCUGUACGCUGAUAUCCAUCAAAGUGCAUAACAUAGUACUCAUGAUGCAAGUCACUGUAACAACCACAUACUUUGGACACUCUGAGCAGAUAUCCCAGGAGAGGUACCAGUAUGUCGAUUGUGGAAGGAACACAACUUAUCAGUUGGGGCAGUCUGAAUAUCUAAAUGUACUGCAGCCACAACAAUAAAAACUGAAAAAAAAACCUUAAAUUUACAAAUAAAUACAUGUCACCCUUUGAUUAGCAGUAUGGAUUGAAUUUCAAGUUAUUGGGUUGUCAGCCAUUAAGGUUACUAACCAUAAUGUGAUUUUUAGCUUAUAACACCUGGAAGCCACAACUACUAGGCUCAAAUACAUCUAAGAGUAAUUCAUUUGAUUUAUUUUGUAAAAUCGUAUUUUAAAUGAGAUGUUUAUCUUAAACUUUUAUUUUAAGGAAGAAAUAUGUGUUUGAGAAGGUAGGGUAAAAAGACUUAAACAUUAUUUCUUUAACAAAUUUAUUUUUACAUGAAAACAAUAUAUUUACAAUGCGCUUCGAUCAAAAUUUUCACUUCUAUAUCCCAGACCUGCUUAUUUCAAAGUAAAAAUUUUCACUUGUCAGCUGAAAUUUCUGAUUAGAACUAAUAUUUAUGUAUUUUUGUGCUUAGUCAGAAUGUAAAUUUCACAGUGGAUUUUUUGAAAUUUAUCCUUUAUUUGGAUAAAAGCAAGUGAUAUAUUUAUAAAAUUACUAUUGGGAUAAAAAUGGUAAUUUCCAUUUUUUUUAACUAUUAAUAUGUUUGAUUAUGUUUGUAGUUCUUUUUACAUAUGUUUAACACAGGCUCUAAAUUAAAUAUAGUAUGGUCUGAACUGACCCUAAAAAUAUUUCAUAAAUUUAACAAGUAUACGGCAAGUUUUUCAUAGCUAAAUCUAAUUCUUCUAGAAGGAAAUUAUUGCCUUCUGUUUCAUUACAUUAAAUGAAAUGUGUUUAAGAGAAAUGUUUUAGCAUAUUUUGUAUACUAAAAACCAAAAAGGAUUCGUAUUGGGCCAAUGGCCGAGAGGUAAUAGUACUACCAUGUAGACUGUUAAAGUUCAAAUUGUCCCACUUCCCCCAGAAUUUUAGAAACUAGAAGUCUGGGAGAUACUGUAUCAGCUGCAGUUGGGUGAUAUUCUAAGUACUGUGUAAGUACUAUUCAUCUUUUAAUUAUUGUGUGAGAUGGAACAUAUGCCAACUUGCAAAAUGUGCAUAAUUUCAUUAUGUAAUGGUUUGUUUUAUGCAUAAAAUCAAGCAAGCCAUGUCUUGUAUGUUUUGUCUUAUAUUUCCUUGUAGAACUAAAGUAAGAUUUUGGAAAAUGAUUUGAAAUGCUUGCUGACUUCACCUUGCUCAGAAUUUUGAGUGAUGGCAUCACUGGGUAGAUUCUAACCUAUGAUCUUAAUUGUGAAACAGAGAAUAAUGUAAAAUAUGAGACUAUGUGGGCACUUAUUCUUUGUUUAUGUAAUGUAUUAGCCUCCAUCAUAACACACUUAGUAAAUAUCCAAGUUGAGCAGUUCUGUAAUUAUAACUAUUGUUAUGUUAUUAUUCAUGUAACAAAACGUGAUAGUAAAAUGAAUAGAAGUGCCCCAAAAUGCUAUUUUUUAAUCCACUUGUAACUGUUAACUCUUGUAAUUGUGUAUGACAAAAUAAAAUUUGUAAAAAUUUUAGCAUGAAAAAUAAAAAUCGUAUCAGUCAAGUA